CCAGCAGUUGUCAUCUCAGCAGUCGAUGGCAGAGUGGCACAUGUGCUGCUCUUAGUAAGACGCUCUUUCUCCGCAGGAUCAUAUCCCUCUGCGCUCUUCGGCUUGGACUAUCUCAUAUUUGGAGUUCUUUUUGAAAAAAGAAAAAAGAAAAAUCAACUUUCCUCAGUUCAGAAACCAGAUGCUUUUCUGUUUUAUACAACCUUUUUAAUCUUUGACGGAGCUGCCCAGCUGAGGUGAAGGGGAGGGCAGAAGAUCCCAGUGGAGCCAGAGCGUGGAUGACCUGCCCCCAGCAACGAGACCAUGAUCUGACGAGGGAGCCGUGCACCCCAUUCUUCUUCUUCUCCUUCUCCCUCUUUUUUAUUUAUUUAUCUAUUUAUUUAUUUAUUUAUUUUUUCAGCCAUUGUGGUGAAAGCCUCUGUGCUCAGGUGCCUCAAAAAGACGUCAGUGUGAAAAAAGAGAGUAAACUGAAAGCAACUGAACAUUUAAAGAGGAAAGAACACAACAAGAGCCAUCUGUGACCUCAGAUAUUACCACUGCUCCCCCGUUCCUCCCACUGCAACACCAGAACCAUGGGGAGGAAAAAGAUCCAGAUUCAAAGGAUCACUGACGAACGCAACAGACAGGUGACAUUCACCAAGCGGAAGUUUGGUUUGAUGAAGAAGGCGUACGAGCUGAGCGUCCUGUGCGACUGCGAGAUUGCCCUCAUCAUCUUCAACCACUCCAACAAGCUGUUCCAGUAUGCCAGCACCGACAUGGACAAGGUCCUGCUCAAGUACACCGAGUACAACGAGCCCCAUGAGAGCCGGACUAAUGCCGACAUCAUUGAGGCUCUGAACAAGAAAGAGCACCGGGACUCUGAGAGCCCAGACCCCGAGGAGCCCUUCUCCCUCACCCCCCGCACUGAAGAGAAAUACAAAAAAAUUGACGAGGAGUUUGAUAAAAUGAUGCAGAACUAUAGGCUGUCAUCCACAGUCCCACAGCCCACCUUUUCCAUGCCAGUCACCGUGCCAGUAUCCAAUCAGAACGCAGCCGCGGCCGCAGCCCUUCAGUUCAGCAACAACCCUGCUGGCGCCCUGGUCACCACCACCUCAUUCGUCACCUCCACCCUCACAGAUCCCCGCCUCUUGUCGCCACAGCAACCAGCUUUGCAGAGGAGCACCGUGUCACCAGGGUUACCACAGAGACCAGCCAGCGCAGGUGCUCUGCUGGGUGGAGAUUUGGGGAACUCCAAUGGAGCGUGCCCAAGUCCAGUCCCUAAUGGCUACAUCAGCGCCAGGGCCUCACCAGGCCUCCUCUCCGUAUCCAAUGGCAACAGCCUGGGGAAAAUAGUCCUGGCUAAGUCUCCAGCUCCACCCAGCCCUCAGAUGGUCAACAGCCGCAAACCGGACCUGAGGGUCAUCACUUCACAGAGUGGCAAGAGCCUCAUGCAGCUGACAGAGGAAGAGCUGGAGUUGGUGAGUGAGAAUGCUCAGCGACUAGGAGGCUCGCAGGUGGCACAGUCACUUACCACUCCGGUGGUCUCCGUGGCAACGCCCAGUCUCCUCGCACCCUUCUCCAGCGUGCAGACAGGCUACAACCCUGAGUACCAGCUGACGAGUGCAGACCUCACAGCGCUCCAGACGUUCACACCACCAGGGCUGAUGCCUAGCAACAUGGUUGCCUGGCAACAGCAACAGCAACCAGCAGUGUCCCAGCAACAACAACAACAACAACAGCAACAGCAACAGCAGCAGCAGCAACAACAGCAGCUGACUUUGGCGUCCCUCAGUAACUUGGUCAUGUGGGGUGCAGAGAAACAGAAUGCGGAGAUGAUUAACUGCAUCUCCAAUUUUGCUGCUAACCUGAGGCCAGUGGGCCCGGUUCCUCACGGCGCCGCGCUGACGGUCAACACCAACCCCAACGUCAACAUCAAGUCCGAGCCCGUGUCCCCGAACCGCGACCGCAGCACUCCCAGCUCGGUCCCCGGCGCGGGCGGAGGCGGAGGGGGUCAAGUGCAGGGACAAGGUCUGGUUUCCAUCGCUUACCCCGGCACCCUGCGCCUGGAGGCGGGAGGCCAGGGCCGCUCGCCCGUCGACAGCCUCAGCAGCAACGGCAGCUCGUACGAGGGCAGCGACCGGGACGACGGCGCCCAGGGGCGAGGCGGAGGCCCGGACUUCAGUCACCAGUCCGGCGGCCAGCAGCCCACCAUGGUCCUGCUGCGGCCCUCGUCGGCCGAGCCUCAGGAGCAGGACGGGACGAACAUCAAGAGGAUGAGAUUGGAUGCCUGGGUCACAUAAAGAGACGGAGGGGAAGAGAGGGAUGGACAGAUGGAGGAUGGAGAUAUGUACUUGCGGCUUGUGUACAUGCCCCCACCAGACCUGAUGCCCCCUAAAUGUCCCUCUUGCAUACACACACACACACACACACUCACACACACACAUAAUAUAACCACCAACGACCCAAUAACCUGCAGUCCACACAGGAAACACAUUUGUACACAACAAAAGCAUGCAAACACUUACACGUGUGGACACUCACUUGUAUGGCGAUGUGCAUUCACGUCUGAACAUUCACGGAGCAGAGCGUGGGUGGAGCUGCCGGAGCAGGGAUUACUCACCAGUACCGUUGUCACGCCGGCCUUGGUUCCGCUGCAUCAGAGUAUCAAGUGAAUGAGAGCGUUUUAAAACCACACGGACCGCCGCUGGCAGAGCAGACAAACAAACAAACAAACCAGACUUGGUUUCCCAGCAUGCCUUGCAUUAGAUUUGCGGUUGUGAUGUCCUCACGGUCUGUUAAUGCACAGUAGAUUAUGAUCAAACACGACAGCACUGCAUUAAACCAGUGCAUGAAAUGAGUCCACAUCUUUGUCCACAUGGGCCCGUAUCGGUCGUACUGCUGUGAUCGAUAUCUUGAUCCUCGUUUCUCGGAGCUGCCUGGCCGGAGGUUUGCUUUUUUUUCUAAAGCAUAGAGUUUGGUCCUGUUCUCUUGACUGUUUUAAAGUGUUGAUUCAAUAUUGGCUUUAAAGACACCAGAGUAUAAACUUGUUUCCUUCCCGAGCCAAGACGUCGCCAACAGCCUGGCACGAGAACGACGACCCCGGGGUCUUUAUCUGGUCGGACCGACGCAGACUAGCUGUAAACCGCUGACGCUGAUUUGUUGCUGAGGUAAACGACUGCUUUUCUUUGAAUCAGGGACGAGCCGGAACGGCUCGACAGCACGACACGGACGCUCCUCGAUUCGCCCCCACAUUUUAUCCACUUAGGAUGCUGAGAAAGCCGUUUGUGCGAGCGUGUGAGUGUUGUGCGCACGGGCUUCUUACCUCAACUGCUGGAGUUUCUUUUUGUUUUGUUUUUUGUUUUUGUUUGUUUUUUAAGUAAGUGAUCUGGACAAAUGUUCGCUCCCAAUUUCAUUAUCGAACACACACUGACAAUGCACACAGCUGAAACUGUUUUUGUAACACGAAAUGUUCGAGGAGGAGGGGAAGUGGGGGUUGGGGGUACCAUGUAUAUAAGCAAUCUAUAACCUUUGUGGCUUUUGUGUGACAGGGAUAAGGUGUUUUAAAGGUUGGAAAAUAGGUCAAAUACAAGUAUAUAUUUAAAGAGCGUCAGGCGGUUGCGAGGGCAGCUCUGUAUCUGAGGCGAGAGACGACAACAGACGACAGGGAUUGUAUAUAUAGACUAUAUAUUCAGCAGGUUAUCCCUUAACAAAACAGACAAAAAGCAAAUGUUGAUUCUCAGUGGAACAGUCGGGGGUUCUUUUGUUUUUUAUUAUUUUAUAAUAUAUAUAUAUAUAUAUAUAUAUAUAUAUAUAUAUAUAUAUAUAUAUAUAUAUAUAUAUAUAUAUAAUUAUUUAUGUGUAUAUAAAGUGUAAUAUGUGGACAAGCCAAGAGAGGGUGCUGUAGAGGCAGAAAGGGAAGCCGUGGUGACUUUGACUGUUUUUUUGAGUGAGCAACGGUUUGGACUCUCACUGAUGGAGCGCACUUUACCUUAACUCCCACCUCUGACAGCCGACACACACACACACACACACACACACACUGAGCAUAGACAGACUGAUGUAUCUUGGUUACAAUGCCACAAUCAACAGGUAUGCAUCAAAUGUUUGAGCUUUUUAUUACAUUGCUUCAACCAAUCAGAGGUUCUGUUUUGACCUGCCAGCUCACACAUGCUGCCUAUUUAAAAUCAGUGUAGUUGGUUGAUUAAAAAAAACAGAUACUUCCAACAUUUUACACAAAAUCAGCUAUCGGGUAAUAAGCAUUUUGCAUUAUAAAUCCAAUUCAUCAAAAGAAAAAAAAUUUUUAGAAAGUUUAUAAGUUUAAUCCUUCAGACAGGAAUAAAAACUAAAGAUCCCUGAGGAGCUAUGAACCCCGUUCAUCAUUCAGUACCGGCUUCUUAUUUCAACUUCACACAAUCAUAACCACUGCUCGUCAUUGAAUAUUUUAUAUUGUAUAUCAACGUGCAAAAAAGUCCAGUAUUAUUUGUUAUAAAACAUGUAAAUGCCAAACUCUGGAACUCACUCACGCAGGACAUGAUUAAGCAAGCCAAGUAAGUCCCUCACCCUCUCUCUUUUUUAGUUCUGGAAGUUUACCCUUCCUUCUUGUUAAAAGCCAUUUAUUGAUAUUUAAGAAGCCUCUCCUUCACCUGUCACUGGUUGGCUGUACUUUUAUAUUGUGGAGAGUUUUUAAAACAAACAAACAUGAAAAAAAAAAAGUCAAUGAAGGAAAAAGAAAUACGAAGGAUGUCAUUUUUGUACUUGAUAAAAGUGUAAGAUUGUGAUUUAGGGUUUAGUGUGUGGAUUUUAAAACCAUAGGGGUCAAAAGUGCAGGCAUUUAUUUUCAUAAAAGCACUCUCUGCCUCCACCCAUUUGCGUGUGAAAAGCACUGGAAGCAGAGUUCGGGUAUCAUUUGUCAUUAAGCCGGAGGUUUCAGAGCGAUUCUUGAUCUUUUAAUGACUACCUCCCAAAUCCAACACGGGCUGGUGGCUGACUGGGUUUCACCGCAUCCCAGCCCAAGCAUCGUCCUCGUGUGCAGCCCCCGCCACCUCGCUCUUUACACCCCCGUCACUCACUUCUGGUUUUAUUUCCUCUCUGGAGGCUUAAUCUAAAAAAAAAAAAAAAAAGCCACAAACGCAUACAUGCACACACGUUUCAUUACACGCGCCUCCUUCUGUUUGCUCCGUCCAGAUAAACUGGUGUCGGCGCCGAGAUGAAGUUAUUAUGGGGUCAUUUUCACUCGUAACGCAACCGCCCGCCUCUCUCUCUCUCUCUCUCUCUCUCUCUUUCUCCAUCCGACUUUCAGCCUCAUCAUACACUGACACACACACACACACACACACACACACACACACACACACACACACACACACACACACACUACUCCCAUCAUCCUCUCCUCAGCUCAUCAGUGAUUUCUCAUUUAUUUAUCUCCGUCUGUCACUCACUCGUUACACCCUCAUCCUCUCGGAGACGAGUCUCACUGUCAAUAAUGCUUUUUUUUUUUUUUUUUUUGAGUGCGGGGCAGAGUGAACUUUAAUCCCCCCCACCCCCACAGUGUAAAAACACUUUGACUCUGUAGACUGUUGUGCUCUGAGCUGCGAACAAAGUAGAGAGAAAUGUAGACUAAAGCCAAUUAAAGUCUGCGAGCCACCCGCUUGUACAACAAUAAGCAAGGUGGCAUCUUUUGCGCCGGGACUGGAGGGAGCUUUGCUCGUCGGUGGGGCGGGUCAAAGGUCCUUUAAAGCCCUGCAAUGACUGUAAAAUAACACUAGGGGUCACUGUUACCACAGAAAAAACAGGAAGACAAUCGUGUUGAGAAAAAGGCUCCAAGAACUUGCUGUCCCCACCGCCACCACCGCCCCUGAAGAAGCGACACACGCUCCUGUAUAAUGAUGUUUCAAGGUCUCACUCAACUUUCCAGUGUUAAUUUGUGCUGGUGACAGUCUGUUUUAAUUGUUCUCUGAGAACUGAUAUUAUUGAUAUUAUCAUCAUUACCACAGCCUUCACUGAUGGUGGAUGUCAUGAUGAUAUAGAAAAUCUGCGUUUUCUUUGUGUAGGUUUAGACAUUUUUUGUUUUAUUUGGAAUUUGAUUUUAUUUUAUUAUAUGAAAAUAUCCUAUAAAUAUAUUUUUGCUUUUUUGUUUUUUUUUUUCCUUCUUCUUCUUCUUGGGGUUUGUUUUUCUUCUUCUUAAAAUAAAUAAAUAAAUAAAUAAGGGUGUUACUAAUGUUGCACGAUUUUUAUUACAUGAAACAACGCAAGCAAAAGUGAUAUUAGAGCACGUGUGGAUGUGCACGGAGGCGCUGAACGAGACGACCGGGAUGAACCGCUUCAAUGCUGCAACUUUUACAGUCAAAUGUACAAACCUCUCAGUCCACACGUGGUAGCAUGGAGGGGGGGUGAUGUGGGGAGGCGGGACACGUCUAACUUAUUUCUGACCAGACACCAUGAUGUCAAAGCAUGGCCGUUUCAAAGCUAGAGAAGAGUGAAUCAUGUUUUAGGAAAUAAAUUGUAAUAUUGACACAGAUACACAUCACACAGAAUUACAUGUAAGAAAAAAAAAUUGAAGAAAAAGUUUUAAGUAAAUUAUAGCUAAUAUAUUGUGUUCAGCUAGUCAGCUUUUUUGUUGUAAAGAUCUUUUUUUGUUGUUGUUUUUGGAGAAUGAUAUACAAUUUGUGUAUAUUUUCAUAAAUAAAGUAUGCACUGAUAUGUUAUUACAAAUUCUAUACUGCUUUUACAAAUAAAAAAAAAGUGUUUGUUAUUGUACCAAAGUAUCCAUUGGUCCCCUCUUACCCCUCUCCCCAUUUUGCGUAUGUUUUACCGUAUUUUAUAUAUUAAAUAGACAAGUUGACCUACAGAAAAGGGAGUCUGUCUUUUUAUUUUGUGCUUUUGGAAGCAGUAGUGCUAACUGGCCACUAGAGGGCGCUGCAGCGUGGGUUUUUGCCGUGAGGUCUUCAGGUUGGGGAAGUUAGCUCAUCCACAUUGUACAUUUGUUGUUGUUUUUUUUCAGAAACUUGAGAUAAAAAUGUAUUUUCUCAUUUUAAUAUGAAAUUA